AUGCAUGCACUCAACGGCAACGAGUUAGGCCCGCAGAGGGCGAAAACAUCCAGCGGAUACGCCGAAUGUAUGCUCACAAAAUGGCUCAAGGACCACAAGCCCCGGGCUGCUGCCAUGAAGGAUCAACCGGCUUUCUAUCGCAACCUCGAACAAGCCAUGGAUAUUUCCCGCGCAGACCCCAGCUUUCACGGCUUUCACGUCGCCAAACCUCGCUGGGACGACUCAGUUCUCGACUUCACGUCAAGCGACUUCUUGUCCUUUUCCCGCUCCGGUCGCAUCCGCGAAGUUUUCUUCGAGGAGCUGGGUCGCCAUGAGAACUUCAGGCUCAGCGCCUCGGGCUCGCGGGUUCAGUACGGAAAUUAUGACUAUCUCAUCCAGGUCGAGCAGGAGAUUGCAGAUUUCCACGGGGCAGAAGCAGCUUACAUUGCUCAUUCAGGAUUCAUGGCCAACGCCGGGACGGUGGCUGCGGUGCCUUUGCCCGGUGAUGCGAUAGUCUAUGAUGAUGCUGUACAUGCUAGCACCCAUGAGGGAAUGAAGCUGUCGCUGGCUUCGCAUCAGCUGUCCUUCCGACACAACGACGCAGACUCUCUCCGUGAGGUUCUCAGCUCGCUAAAGGGAUCGCAUACGGCCUUUGCGUCGGGGAGCUCCUCGAUCCUGAUCGCGGUAGAGUCCGUGUACAGUAUGGAUGGAGACAUUUGCCCGCUCAAUGAGCUGGUCCAGGUGGCAAAAGAGCUGUUCCCCCUUGGCAACGCCCAAUUCAUCAUUGAUGAAGCUCAUAGUGGCGGCGUGAUUGGACCAAGGGGAGCAGGUCUCGUAAACAUGUUAGGGCUCGAGAAAGAAAUGGCUAUUCGCAUUCACAUGUGCAGUAAAGCCUUGGGGUCGACUGGAGGUAAAUAA